UCCUCUGGAACUGUCAGUCCUAGAACAAGAUUGAAGUUCCGGCAGCAAAUUUUGUAUGAAUUUCUGUGCUUAAAUCGGGUAUUUAUCCUCACAUCAUGUAAUUAGAAUGUAUAAGAAAAUGAAUUUUGGAAACGAAACGGUUACUGCAUAUUCGGUGCUGAACAAUGGCAGUCUGAAUUCCAAUGAAUCCGCUACUAACAAUACGUUUAUGAAUUCAACAGCCGCUUCAAAUCAAACGUUCAACUUUAUCCGUGAAGAUUCGAACGAUUAUGUGGUCAAUGUAAUACUGACGUUAUCGCAAGUAGUGGGAGCAAUUCUUAUUUCACUAUCCUGCUCGAUGUUAGCCAGUUUUGUAGUCUACUGUAUUCAGAAUGGGAAAUGGAAAAGCAAGCGAAGGACAAAAUUUUUCAAUGGAAGACUUAUAUAUAUUCUCUAUGCGAUAGUUAUAGGAUUCUUCAUCCAGAAAUUGCUGAUCACGCAAGUUUACAUCCAGGCACCUCGGGGUGCAAACUCUUCAACUUUAUGCAAUGCAAUCGAUGCUGCGGCAAAGCUUUAUUACUCGAUCACUAUAUACCUCGUGUAUUUCUUCUUAUGGGUGAGACAAAGAGUAAUUUAUGACAGCACUACUGCAGGAAAAAUUGUUACUCGCCUAAGUUGGGGAAUAUUUGCGAUGCUUCCUUCAGAAAUAAUUCAAAUUAUAAUUAAGCUGAUUAUAUUUGAUCGUCCAUAUCCGAUGCCACAAGGUUGUAUACAUAUUAAGAACAAUUCCAAAUUUCUACAUUUUUUCAUGCACCUACCGUUGGUCUUAGCCCAAUUCACCCUUCUUGGGCUACUCGUCUACCCACUUGUGAAGAACACGAUGGAAUACAAAUCAAGGUAUCAUGACUCAAAAAGUAUCAUAGUUCUGUGCAUUACAGGUACUUCGAAGUCUAGUAAAAUACAAAAUGUAAUUCGACGUGUGACGAUCUGGACAUUCGUUGCUGUUAUCACAGACAUCCUCUUUGCUGUGAUAAAUUUCCGCUUGAUUCCAGAACACUUUCCCAUUUCAGUUAGAGCGACAGCGGCAGACGUGAUGAUUUUUGGUAACAUCAUUUGCAUAUAUAUGACACUCAAAGACAGAUGGCAAAUAUUGAGAGUUUUCUUCCCGAAGAAACAAAAUAAGAUUGUUGUUGUUGAUAUUUCUACCAAGUUAACUAAACUUCCGCAGACGAAAGACUCUUGUUCUUAUACAAGCAGACAUGAUUUUCUUUAUUAUAUCAUGAGGCAUUCUUACACGUUUUAGCAAGUUAUAGGACGAACAGCACCUGAUUUGCUAUGCAGUUAUAAUAUCUGUAAGCACCCGAAUCGUUUUGAAUGGUUUCGCAAUGUGCGUUCCAAUUUUUCAUGCAUCACUAUUUUUGAUAAUUGAGUGAAAGUAUUAUCUUUAAACAAAAUAAUAUGUGAUAUAUACUUAUUAUUGACAAUACACUUGGUUGGGCAAUACACACUAAGAUUUUGUGUAUGUUUAUUUUAUUUCUGUAUAUACAUAUAUUUUUGUAUAUUUAAUGCUUGAACUCCGACUUCUAUUGUAACGAACCUUUCAAUUUAUCCCCACCCUAUUAAGGCAACUCGAUUCCGACGGCCGUUGCGAACUGUAUAUAGUGUGUAGCUCGCAAUUUAUCGCCUCGUUAUUAAUCGCCUUGUAUUUUAUUACAUUAAUCGUCUUGUAUUGUAUUACUUUUUCCAUUAAUAUUAUCCAUGAUGAAACAUCAAAACACCUUGCUAUAAAAAUUUAAAUAAUAUAAAACCAUACAAAUAAAAAAUAUUCUGUAGUAUCAGUUUUCUUUUGUGUGUAUUUACUUGUAAUUACUUGUUAUUAUUCAAUGUAUUGUUUUUAGAUAUCAUGAGUUCUUUUACGUUAUACAGAAUUUGAUUCAGGUUCAAUCUCAAGGGUUCAAUAGUUCAAUAAUUCGUCAAAUCACUCAUUAUUCAAAUUACAGGAUUUUUCUUGCUUAUUAUUUUGUUUCAAAUAAUCUCUAACAUCAAUUUUACAAUCUUGAACACCAAACCAAUUUCAACGUAAUUCUUAAGUACUAAAUCCGCCAUUUUGUUUAUUCUCGGUCUCCUCCUUUAAACAUCAAAGCUGUUUUAUAUUCUAAUCUAGAGUGUCACUUUUUGCCAUUUUGUUUUACUAUUUCGUUACAAUUUCAUUUUCAAAUGUUAAGCAUUUCAAAGCAACACGGAGAACCUUCGAUUUUUUUACUUUCAUCUCUCGGCGGCCAGACUACAAAAUUUAAAAAAUUACUAAGUUAAUUUUUUGUUACUGUCGAGGGGGAAUUGUGUAGCGAAUGUGCAUUGUGUAACUGUGGAUUAUAAUGUUUAACCCUUUCAUAUUAAUAGCAUGUAACAUUUCACGAAAUAGGCCACUUUAUGUUUCGCAACAGCGAUAAAGCAUUCGUUCCAUGUAUUGCCGUUCUCUUAUCGACCAAUUUGAUGACGUAUCGUUUCCGGCCUGCGCCGAGAGAUCUGCAUUAUAUUGUGAUUGUGAAUUUACUUCUGAUUAUGAUUUUACUGCAUUGAGACAUUAAGUGUUACAAGUUUAUCUGUAUUCAGAUUUUGGAUUGUGCAUCUUUCAAUAAUACAACAACAAUUUGGC